AUGAUGUGCCUCAAAAAUGAGCCAUACAAAAUUGGCUGGGUUUUCAAUGAUCCACAGAAAUAUUUAGAUUGUUCGGCAAUCCCGUCAAUCAUUGAUUUGACAAUUGCAAGGACUUCUUAUCGAUUCUGCACGCAUCGCUUACGUUUGCAAACCCCUUGGAUUGCUCACUUGGAGCUGAUGAAUGCGUUUGUGUUCGACGCACCAAACUGCAUGAUCGAUCCUCCUGCAUACAAUUUUCACGAUGGGAUUUUAUAUAUCAAUGAAACAGAUCGACCACCUAUUGGCGCUGCCCAAGUCGAAUGUGACGGAUUCAUCAAACGAAUCUACUUUGUCAACCCUCCAAAUCGGACUAUGGAGAUAGAGUUGCCACAAAGGAGAAUGUAUGACGUGACGACCAGCAAACCAAGGUUUGCAGCAUGCAUCCGCUGGUCUGAUCAGAGUGAGUGUGAUUCAAACCUCACAUGGAUCGACAGCACUUGCGAACUGGACGCGCUAGGGGCAUUGUCGACCGGUUGGUACAAUGUCACGUGUAGUGCCAAUCCGAUUGGGAGAAAGCAAGUAUUUGCCGUGAUGUUGUACAAUGCGUCCGACGUGCUGAUAAUUUGCAAACCGGGUCCGCUGGUUUUGGAUAAAAACGAAGCGCACGAUGUAGUCCUAUGUGGUAUCCCGGACGAGUUGAAUUUGAACCAGUCUAUUCCAAAGGAAAUUACGUGUCAAGCAAAGCCUGAUCAUUUGUCAAUCCAAAGUGGCGUAUUAAACAUCCGACUGAGUCUCAUCAAAGAGCGUCACUACGAGGUGGUGUGCCAAACUGCUUCAAAUAGUCCCCCCAUCCAUAUAUUUUUUGAAAAAUUAGAACAGGUUACCCACAUAUUUCGAUUGAAUUCACAAAAGGCACAUCAUAUGAUGGAAUGUUUGAUCCAAGUGCAUCAUCUUGGUUUGUUUAGUAGCAGAAAAGCAGAUAAAGGAUGA